AUGAAAGGAUUCAAAAGCUUAAGUACCCGUAGCAAAGAGACCAAGUCAAUCAAGACUAGAGGUGAUCAAACAAGUAUGAAGAAAGCAAUCAACAUCUUAAGAAGGAAUUGCAAAAAUUUAACAAUAGAUCGAAAAUAUGAAGCAAUGAUUGAAUCCCAAAUCAAGAAACAUACUGCUAGGGACUUGCCGAAGAUAAUAAAUGAAUUCUGUUACAUUGCAAAGCUCCCAAUGCUUCAAAGAGAUACUUGUAGGGAUAAAACUUUAUUAAAAUAUCAUUUCCUUUAUAAUCAAGAAGUUUAUGGACCUAUCAUUAAUUCUUUGAUAAUCAAAACACGCCAAACUGCUUUAAAACAGCAAGCACCAGAAGAAAUGGAAAAGGAGAGUAAAGAUCUUCUACUUAAAGCUUUUGACGACUUAAAUAAUGGUAAUACUGAUUGUUUGAACAUGAUUGAUCAAUUGAAUGGGAACCAAACUAAGAUAUCUUAUAUAAAAUAUGGAAACACGUGGGCAGUUUCGAUUCUUUAUGGAGAAACUUAUAGGUAUAAGUUGCUGUGCACUGUUUAUUAUGAUGGAGCGAUGAUACUAUUAAAAACCAUGUAA